GUGUGUUUCCGUGUCUCAUCACUUGAGGUAGAAACUCUAACCUAAGAGAGUGAGAAUGGAGUUCCCGGUCUAUUUAAGAAUUAACAAAGAUACAAUUAAAACAAUAACUCUGGCAACAUCAGAUGAAGAGAUUGGGAAACCCACCGUCAGAGAUCUAAAGAAAAAAGCCCUCAGUUAUUUCCCUGGAGUAGACGAUCUUGAACAGCUGAGGCUGGUUUUUGCUGGAAAAGAUCUUGAAGGAGAUGAAAAACUUGAAAAAUACGGCAUUCAAAAACUCGCUGUCAUUCAAGCCAUAAUGAAAAUGCGUGGAGGAAAAGGCCCACUUCCACCUGAUGAAGAGUUUCCCAAGUCUCGGUCUAUGGCAUGCCUUAUUCUUUUUGACUCACUUGGAUUAAUUUGAAAUAAGAACAUGCACACAUUUUUUUUUAUACAUCAGAUACCGCUGUAUAAUGGGGGAAUUAUUUGUACAUUAUGUACAAAAAAAAACAUAACUACAAAUUACAAAUGUAUUAAGAAAAUGUGUAAA